GGGGUCCCUCGAUGAAAACAACACUCGACGUCAGAGCGAAAAUCUCCUUGACUUGUCUACUCCACGUCUCCCUUUCCUCUCGUAUUUCGAUUACUUUUACUCGUUGCUCGUUGCCGUCAGAGAGGAACCAUGGCGGAGAACAUCUUCCUCUUCGUACCUAAUCUGAUCGGGUAUGGCCGCAUCAUCCUGGCUCUCUUGUCGUUCUACUACAUGCCGCACAACCACGUCAUGGCUGCGGCAAUGUAUCUCUUGUCGGGAUUUUUAGAUGCCUUUGAUGGACAUGCAGCCAGGUUGCUCAACCAAGGCACCAAGUUCGGAGCAAUGUUGGAUCAGCUGACAGAUCGCUGUGGCACCAUGUGCUUGCUGGUGACACUGAGCCACUUCUACCCAGAUUACAUGUUCUUCUUCCAGCUCUCCAUGGCCAUAGAUAUUGCCUGUCACUGGCUGCAUCUGCACACGACUGUCAUGGCUGGACGCACAAGUCACAAAUCCCAGGAGGCCAACACCAACCCCAUUCUCCGCAUCUACUACACCUCCCGCACUGUCCUUUUCUUCAUGUGCGCAGGAAAUGAGCUGUUUUACGCAUCUCUCUACCUCCUCCACUUCACAGAAGGCCCCAUCUUUGCCGGAAUGGGACUCUGGAGGGCUUUGUCAUAUGGUCUCUUGCCAGUGGCCAUUCUGAAGCUGGUUUUAGCUCUUAUGCAAGGCUAUGAGGCGGCCAUCGCCUUGGGCGGCAUUGACGUGCGGGAGAGGCAGGAGGCUGCAAGCAAGAACAAGUAAAUGGGAGCAAAGAGACAUGCAUUCCCUCGUUUAUCUUUUUCUUUUCUAACUUCAUUUUUUCUUUAUUACUGAUACUGAUAUUAUCAUAUUCCUUAGCCUUUAUUGGGUGAUAUAUUUUCUAAGCAGUAAAUUAAAUGUCGGGUACUCUUUCAGUUCUGAGAAAGGAACUGAAUCAGGUCAUUGAAUGUAAUGGUUUACAGGUAAUGUAUGUAUGAUAUCACCAAAGAAGUUUUCUUUAUUCUUUUUUGCUUUUUUGUUUUUCUCUUUGAGGUUUAUUUGUUGGGUAUUUUUCAUUGUCAUAAACAAAGAAUAGAAGGAUAUACGUGCAGUGAUGUAAAAGAAGUGAAAAAUGUAAACCUACAAAGUUCCUUAAAUUUACAUGACUUGUUUGAAAGUUUAAUGUCCCAUGGCAGUAAAUCGUUGUAUGAUUCCUACCUCCAAGUAUGAAUCUAAAACUUCAUAAUAGAGGUCUCAUAGGUUGGCCAAGCUUGCGAUAUUUGUUAUGCUGAGUGUGUAUUAUGCCAAAAGAAGAUACACAAAGAAGGUACACGCUUCUAUUCUGUAGAUAAAUCCUCUUAAUUGGUUAGUUCUUAAGGAAGCAUUCAUUCCCUUUGUGUUUGUAAAGAUGUCAGUUGUUGGUUGAACCUAACUUUAUUUUGGUAGUGAGAUGUAGUUUUAGAGUAUAUUGAAUACAUGUAUAUAUUUUUUUUUGCAUUACAGGUUUGAAACAGAGAAAGGAAAAUUUGAUUAUGCAGAUUGUUUAGAUAUGUAUGUGCAAUAUAUAUGAGAUGUUUUAGAUUUUUAUACUAUGGAUAAGAUUUGUUGGUGUACUUGAAUAGAUUCUCAAGGUACUAAUGAAUAAAAUCAUAUUUUUUUAAAGGUGAACUUGUGACAAUAAUACAUAAUUUUGUGGAAUACAUACUUAUUUUGAAAGUUGUGGAGUCAAAAGGAAUAGUACGUGCAAUUUAAUCUUUGAGCAGUAAGUUGUGAACAUGCCAUAGGAAAAGGUUGAAAAUGAAUCUUUGAAGGAUGGAUGGUGUUCCAUAAUAGCUGUCCAGAGAAUGGCCGGGUGACGUUUCAGGAUGCCUUCCUCUUCUGCGAGCCUUUUGUAUGACACAAGUGAUUGAGGUAGCAUCCCCCUCACAUUCCCACCAGCCAUGCCAACACUUUGUAGACCCAACCCCUCUGUACCCUUUUCAGUACAAUACUGUCCAUACGAUUCUAAACUGCCCUAUGACUUUUGACGUGUAGUACAUUUAAUCACUAACUCAUCCCCCCUCUUUUACCCUUUGUCCCUGCUAUACCUUCCCAUAGUGGUACAUGACCUUUGAUGUCUGGCAUAUUUAUAUUGCUUUUUAACCAUGAAUCAUUGUUGUCCUAAGAAUUAGUAGACUGCCAGCCCCUUGGAAGAGUUGACAUGAUUAAGAGAUGAUGGUGGUGGUGAUCAUGAUUGGGAUUAUCGGGAGGAUUAUAAGACAUUGUAUAAGAUUCAUAUGCUUGAAUUUGCUGUUACAAUAGAGAACAGAAUAAAACACUGCUCUUUUAGCUGUCAUCUGCCGUGAAUGAUCCUGAUGCAUUGCAGUUGCUCUCUUGCAUCAUUCGGCACCGUUCACCCCAGGCAGAAAAUGAAGUCAGCCGAUUAAUUUGUGCUUGUGUUACGUGAUUUCAUAAUGCACUUAUUUUACUCAAAUUAUGUGUGAUCCAUAUGUACAUGAAAUCAGGAAGUUGCCUCCACUCUGUAGCUAAGUCAGAUCAUGAAAAUUAAAGGUUUGCGGGGUGAGAUAUUAUGAGAUACAAAUAACAUCUCUUUGCCAGGUAUUUAUAUUAUUCUGGUUUGAAAGUUGAAGAGAAGUAUGGAAGGUUAAAUUAGAUUUUUCCAAGAUGUAGAAAAAACUCACUCUCACUCUCAGUCUCACUCUCACUCACGACUUCUCACUUUCUCACUCAUAAACCAUUUAUAUACAAUUAUCUCAAAUAUAAAACAUUACUGCAUUGAAAUAAAUGAACACCAUUCCAUUCUAGUCCCAUACCAUUGGUAUGUUCAUUCUACAGCAUCUGUGAAUUUAUUUUGCCCGUAGUUCUAUAUUGCAUGAGAUAUUCCAUAACUGCAUAUCUAAUUUUACUUUAUCUGAAAAAAAAGAUACCUAAAACUAGAGAUUCAUUCCCCUCCCCCCUACCCCCAUGGCAUCUUAACCCUGUGAUAGUGAGAGACUGUUUUGUGUUGGUAAUCGUCCUGUUUUAGUGUUAAUUGGUACUAACAAUCAAUGGCAUGUGUUAGAAAUAAGUAAACGAGCUUACCUUUAGUCAUUGAUAUGUUGUGUUACUGUUUGCGGGUGAUUUUUUUUAUCUGUGGAUGCUGGUCUUUGGAUACAAGUAAUGUUAUUGACGUAGGCCUGUGUGGGCCACUGCAUCUUCUCAUUAUAUUAUUGCAUAACAUGCCAAAAGGCCCACUCUCAGAUAAGAUUUUGACUCGUUUUUCUUUGGGCGUUUUGCCGUACAUUAGCCUCUAGUCGCUAAGCCUCUUUAUCAAACAUAGUGCCAAAGAUUAGACCAGUUUCAAUUACUAUUAGACUAUUGUUGGUUGAUGUUAUUUGUGUCUUUGUUAAAUUUGAUUAAUUUUUGAAGGAAAUUCCUCUAUGUUUGAAAUGAAUUUUUGGUUGCACAAUGCAUAUUCAUUUCUGAUUUUAAUGGAUAAUUUUUGGAUGAACUGUAAGUGAGAUUUUGACGCUGCUGGUAUUUAUUUAAUUUUUUUCCCCAAAUAUUCCAUAUUCCAAAUGCAAGAGUGAUGUCUGGAUAUUUUCUGCAUUAAGAAACAGUACUUACUUGGUUUAAUGUUCACGCUGCAGAUAACAUAUCAUGAAUAUUUUAAGUAAUUAACCCAUGACCAAAAGUAAUGGAAGCACGAACAAAAAAAAUUUUUUUUUUUAGGUUUUCCAAUUAUGUGUUCAAGGGAUUCCUUGUAUCGUCUCAACUCGUAUUCAUUCCGCAGAAUGCCUGUGUUCUUUAAGUGCAUUGCCUUAGGUGAAGUAUUAUAUGCAUUGAUCAGUGAUUAAGAAGAGAAUCUGCAGAUCCAGUGCAUUUCUCUGUUUAACUACUGAUGUUAUGUACCUUCAAAAGUAAGAAUCAUACUUGUACCAGGACUGUAAACCCUGCUGAAUAAAUGUAGAUGAAAACUGAGCUUUUA